GUCAGAGGAAGAGGCUCGGAGGCCGGGGGGCGGGGGCGGCGCGGAGCGGAGCGGGCGGUGACGGCGGCGGAGGCAGCGGCUGGGCCCGGGCCCCGUGCGUCUGUCCGCGCCCGGUGGAUGUGAAUCGGCGGCGGCGGAGGAGGAGUCGGUGGGCCGGCGCCCGGCCUGUGGGAGCGCGGAGGAUGAGGCCGCUGCCGGGCUCUCCUGGCGUGGCGGCGGCCGCCGCGUUGUUGCUGCUGCUUCUGCCCCGGGCUCGGUCCGACGAGCACGAACACACGUAUCAAGAUAAAGAAGAAGUUGUUUUGUGGAUGAAUACUGUUGGACCCUACCACAAUCGCCAAGAAACAUAUAAAUAUUUUUCACUUCCAUUCUGUGUGGGGUCAAAAAAAAGUAUCAGUCAUUACCAUGAAACUUUGGGAGAAGCACUUCAAGGAGUUGAAUUAGAAUUUAGUGGCCUGGAUAUUAAAUUUAAAGAUGAUGUGAUGCCAGGUACUUACUGUGAAAUUGAUUUAGAUAAGGAGAAGAGAGAUGCAUUUGUAUAUGCUAUCAAGAAUCACUAUUGGUAUCAGAUGUACAUAGAUGACUUACCAAUAUGGGGUAUUGUUGGUGAAGCAGAUGAAAAUGGGGAAGAUUACUAUCUUUGGACCUACAAAAAACUCGAAAUAGGCUUUAAUGGAAAUAGAAUUGUUGAUGUUAAUCUAACGAGUGAAGGAAAGGUCAAACUGGUUCCAAAUACUAAAAUACAGAUGUCAUAUUCAGUAAAAUGGAAAAAAUCAGAUGUGAAAUUUGAAGAUCGAUUCGAUAAAUAUCUUGAUCCAUCCUUUUUUCAACAUAGGAUCCACUGGUUUUCAAUUUUCAAUUCUUUCAUGAUGGUGAUCUUCUUAGUGGGUUUAGUUUCAAUGAUUUUAAUGAGAACCUUAAGAAAAGAUUAUGCCCGAUACAGUAAAGAAGAAGAAAUGGAUGACAUGGAUAGAGACCUAGGAGAUGAAUAUGGAUGGAAGCAGGUGCAUGGAGAUGUGUUUAGACCAUCAAGUCACCCUCUGGUAUUUUCUUCUCUCAUUGGUUCUGGAUGUCAGAUAUUUGCUGUGUCUCUCAUUGUUAUUAUUGUUGCCAUGAUAGAGGAUUUAUAUACAGAGAGGGGAUCAAUGCUCAGUACAGCCAUAUUUGUCUAUGCUGCUACAUCUCCAGUGAAUGGGUAUUUUGGAGGAAGUCUGUAUGCUAGACAAGGAGGAAGGAGAUGGAUAAAGCAGAUGUUUAUUGGGGCAUUCCUUAUCCCAGCUAUGGUGUGUGGCACUGCCUUCUUCAUCAACUUUAUAGCCAUUUAUUACCAUGCCUCUAGAGCCAUUCCCUUUGGAACAAUGGUGGCCGUUUGUUGCAUCUGUUUUUUUGUUAUUCUUCCUCUAAAUCUUGUUGGUACAAUACUUGGCCGAAAUCUGUCAGGUCAGCCCAACUUCCCUUGUCGUGUCAAUGCUGUGCCUCGUCCUAUCCCGGAGAAAAAAUGGUUCAUGGAGCCUGCAGUUAUUGUUUGCCUAGGAGGAAUUUUACCUUUUGGCUCAAUCUUUAUUGAAAUGUAUUUCAUCUUCACAUCUUUCUGGGCAUAUAAGAUCUACUAUGUGUAUGGCUUCAUGAUGCUGGUGCUGGUCAUCCUGUGUAUUGUGACCGUCUGUGUGACCAUCGUGUGCACGUACUUCCUGCUAAAUGCAGAGGAUUAUAGGUGGCAAUGGACAAGUUUUCUCUCUGCUGCAUCAACUGCAAUCUAUGUUUACAUGUAUUCCUUUUACUACUAUUUUUUCAAAACAAAGAUGUAUGGCUUAUUUCAAACAUCAUUUUACUUUGGAUAUAUGGCGGUAUUUAGCACAGCCUUGGGGAUAAUGUGUGGAGCAAUUGGUUACAUGGGAACAAGUGCCUUUGUUCGAAAAAUCUAUACUAAUGUGAAAAUUGACUAGACAACUGAGACAACCUGGAACUUCGGAUCAGUUUCUCUUUCAUGAGGGUGGAACUUGCACAGAAAAGAAGAAUAAGCGCAAGAAGAAAUUUGGGCUUAACACUGGGUACUUUGUGGGUCUCUUUCAUGGAUGGCUUAAAGUAACAUCUAUUUUCAUUGAUCCUAGGUUCUUACUGACUGCUUUCUCCAACUGUUCACAGCAAAUGCUUGGAUUUUAUCAGUAGGCAUUGCAGUUCAUGGCUAAUCUUCCCCAAACUAGCUCAUUAAAGAUGAAAUAGACCAGCUCUCUUCAGUGAAGAGGACAAAUAGUUUAUUUAAAGCAUUUGUUCCAAUAAAAUAAGUAGAGGGAAACUUGGAUGCUAAAAUUCCAUGAGUAGAAAUCUUCCUGGCACUUGAUGUUUCUAUGUUAUUGAAAAAUGAUGUUCCAGAAAGAUGACUUUUUCUCUUAUUUUUACUGCCAUUGUUGAUCUAUUGUGGGACAUUUUUAUAUAAUGAACCUGGGUUCUUUUUGACCUGUUUUUGGUCGUCCCUCCAUUCAACUGCAUCUUUUUUUUUUUUUUUUUUUAACAAAAUUAAAAGCUAUUGAAUUCUGAAUGGAAUAUAUCUGCUGUCAUCUUAAUCUUAGUUGGAUCAACUUCAUUUAUUUAUCUUAAAAUUAACCAGUUAUCUCAAUUCCAUCCAAAGAAGAUACAGUAUGAAAAUAGAGGUGUACUCUCUAUAAUGCAAUUUACUGUACAGUUAGUAAGCAAAGUGUUAAAUGGAAAAGAAACUUGUUUUUAUUAAACAUUUGGAGAUUUAGAUAAAUUACAUUUUAACGUCUAAAGUGAUUAUCUUUCCCUCCUCCCCCCAAUUUAGUCUUAUAUCCUUUUUGGGGGGUUUCAAUGAAGGCUUUACAUAAGAAAUUAUUAAAAAAAAAAACAAGGGGGGUCAAUAAAUGUAUAUAACAUUAAUAAUGUCGUGUAGGUGUAGGUUCCUGGAUGCAUUUGGAUGUACAGAUUGACUGGAGGACUUUUUUGGGAUGAUGAUUGAUGUAGAAAUGUAUGGGUUUGGGUGGCUUUUUACAUCUUGCCUACCAUUGCAUGAAACAUGGGGGUUUCUUCAAAAUGUGUGUGUCAUACUUUCUUUUGGGAGGGGGUUGUUUUCUUCUUUUAUGAAACUCCUACUGGAGCUAAAUUUGUAAUUUAGAAACAUUUAAUUUUGUUAAUCCUGUCUGGGACAUUUAAGUAACAUCUAAAGCAUUAUUGCUUUAGAAUGUUCAAAUAAAAUUUCCUGACCAAA